AGUCAGAGACAGGUGUAGAGUUGUUGUAGCUGCAGAGAGGAACACUUUUUGGGACAAUUUCUUUUAUCAGUUUUGGUUAAAAAAGACACAAAAUGUCUCUGGAGGUGAAGGAGAAGACCCAGGUGCGUCUAGUGUUUCUCGGGGCAGCAGGCGUGGGCAAGACGGCCCUGAUCAGACGCUUCCUCCAGGACACCUUUGAGCCCAAACACCGGCGCACCGUGGAGGAGCUGCACAGCAAGGAGUACGACAUCGGCGGGGUCAAGGUCACCGUGGAGAUCCUGGACACCAGCGGCAGCUACUCCUUCCCCGCCAUGCGCAAGCUCUCCAUCCAAAACAGCGACGCCUUCGCGCUGGUGUACGCCGUCGACGACCCCGAGUCGCUGGAGGCGGUCAAGAGCCUCCGAGACGAGAUCCUGGAGAUCAAGGAGGACAAGUACACGCCGAUCGUGGUGGUGGGGAACAAGGUGGACAGGGGGGACGAGCGCCAGGUGUCCAGCGAGGACGUGCUGUCGACCGUGGAGAUGGACUGGAACAACAGCUACCUGGAAGCCUCGGCGAAGGAGAACGCCAACGUGGUGGAGGUGUUCAAGGAGCUCCUGCAGCAGGCGAACCUUCCCAGCCGCCUCAGCCCGGCGCUACGCAGACGCAGGGAGACCUUUCCCAAAGACACCAACUUCCGGCCACCCAUGAACAAGACCAACAGCUGUAUUUUGUCAUAAUGGGAGACAAGAGGAAGGGAAGUGGUGAUUUGUUUGUUUUUAAAAAAAAUAAGGGACAAGGUGGAUGAGAAGAAUAAAGAGGGUGUGAGGUGCAGCUCAGUGCUGCAGGACAAAGAGAGAAGCCUGGACUUCAGCUGCUCCAGAGCUGCCUGAUUGUGGUGAUUCUGGACCAACAAAAGGCGCCUCACGGCUCACGACCGACAGGAAAAGAAACUCUAGACCGAACCAGACUGCCAGCAUUAAACGGAGAGAAAGAAGUUGCAUUAAUUACUCAGUUGUUUACUUGAUGUAAUGUUGUUGCUGCUGCUUAUUUGGUGACAUGCUGCCGGUGUUUAGAUCAAUGUCUCACUUCUGAAUUUAAAAAGGUAAAAUGUUCUCUGACAUCAAGGCGGCUGCAGAAAGCUUCAGAUGUUCGCUGAGGGGGAAGUGCGUGUACAUACUGUUUGUUGUCAUCUGUGCAAACGUUGUAUUUCUCAUGUAAUUUUUAAAUUUGCUAAUUCACUUGUAGCACAUCAUAAUGUUUACAAAGUUUUUGGAAUUUAAUUGCAAAUUUGCUACUUGGCAUGUCGUUAUUUUAUGUUUAAAAAAAUAAAUAAAAAAGCAGUAAAAUGCAAACAUAAACUGUAAAUGCACUUUUCAUUUUAAGAUUCACAAUGAUGUUUUUCAUUAAUUUGAUUUUAUUUUUUAUCAUUGCAUACUCUUAUGAAUAUUACUUUGUUGUUUACUUGACAAAUGUCAGUGGAAUGUGGAUCUAAAUGUGUAAUAAAA